UAGCGCGAGGGGCGGCACCGUCUCGGUGGUAGACCGACCAGACCUUUCUUAAGUCGAUCGAACUGAGCGCGCGCUAUUCCACUCCGCCGCCAGCCCCUCCCUCGCUCACCUCAUGUCGACCGGGCGGAGACUGAUAAAGAACCGGUCUUUGACGGUGCUCCUGCGCCGCCCCUCGCCCUCCCGCCAUGUGUCUACCGCCGCCACAAGCGCACCCCCCGCGGCUGCCGGCGAUGGUGGCGGCGGCCACCACGGCGAGGAUCACCGCCUACGGUCCCUCGCAACCGCCCAGACGCCCUCCGACGCCCUCCUCGCCUUCCGCUCCCUCGACCCUUCCCUCCGCCGCACCUCCCAUUGCAACGACCUCCUCCGCUCCCUCCUCCGCUCCGGCGACCCCGGCCACCGAGCCGAAGCCUUGGCCCUACUCCGCAACAUGCUUCGCCCCGACUCCACCUGGCCCCCGGACCGCGUCACCUGUUCGAUAUUAUUCUUUAAUCUCUCCAAACGAAGCCAGCCGGUGGAGGACGAAUCCCUCGACUUCGUUGUCCAGAUGGCCAAGAGGGGAAUUUUUCGAUCCGAUGCCUUCCAAUUCACAGAACUCGUCAACAAGCUCUGCUAUGGCGGCGGCACGGCCAGGGCUUGGGAUUUUGUUCACGCUGAAGACGCCGGCGGUGCCAUCGAGACCCCUGUGUGCAAUGCUCUCCUGGCCGGUCUCGCAAGAGACCGGGAAUUCCAAAAGAUGAAUUUAUUUUUCUCCGAGAUGAAGGACAUGGGUGUUCGGCCCAAUGUUGUGACUUUUGGGAUCCUUAUCAACCAUCUGUGCAAGUCCCGCCGCCUCGACGAGGCACUGAAGAUGCUCGACGUAAUGACAAUGCCUGACUCGGAGGUGAGCCCCGAUCCGGUCACCUUCAACACCAUCAUCGAUGGGCUCUGCAAGGUGGGCAGGCUCGAUGACGCUCUGGCACUGCUUGACCGGAUGCGAAUCCGACAUGGGUGCAGUGCCAAUACUGUCACGUAUAAUAGCCUUAUUGAUGGGCUCUGCAAGGCCGGCAAGAUGGACGAGGCACACGAAUUGGUGGCUCGAAUGGAGCGAGAAGGCGUUCCUCCUAGUGUGGUCACGCUGAACACUCUUGUAUCUGGGAUGUGCAGGCAUGGCAGGCUUGGCAGUGCCCUGGACUUCUUUCGACAGAAACGUCACACUUGGGCUGAUGUUAGAGGCAAUGCCGUCACUUAUAGCACUCUGAUUAGUGCUUUCCUCCAUUCCAACAAUGUGGGCAAGGCCAUGGAUUUGUUUGAUGAGAUGGUUGGUGAGGGAUAUUCUCCAGAUUCGGUUAUAUAUUUUACGCUGAUAUCUGGAUUGAGCCAGAUUGGCAGGUUGGAGGAUGCAUGCUCCAUCGUGUCAUCCAUGAAAAAGAAUGGCUUCCAACUCGAUACAAAAAGCUACAAUAUUUUGAUAAGUGGGUUCUGUAAGAAGAAGAAACUAGAUAAGGCAUGCGACAUGCUCCAGGAAAUGGAGGAGGCUGGACUUCGACCUGAUGUCUUCACUUACAACACCUUGAUAGCCGCUUCAUGCAAAGCUGGGGAUUUUCCAGCCGUGGAUCAGUUGUUGAACAAGAUGGUCGAUGAUGGCUGCAAGCCUUCCGUGGUCACUUACGGUGCCCUGAUCCAUGGUUACUGCAAGGCUGGCAAUCUUGACGAGGCCUUGAAGAAUUUUCAGAACAUGGAUACUGCUGGAGUGCCCCCCAACACCGUGAUAUACAACAGUCUUAUUGAUUCUCUCUGCAAGGAUAGGAAGAUUGAUAUUGCAAUUUCUCUUAUGGAUGAGAUGCAAAAGAAAGGUGUACCUCCUGAUGUUAUAACAUAUAAUGCCAUAUUUAAGGGUCUUUGUGACAGUAAUAUGUCAGAUAAAGCCUUUGAGUUGAUGGAUCGAAUGAGACAAGAAGGAUGCAAUCCUGAUUAUGUGACUAUGGAUAUUCUUACAGAAUGGUUAUCAGCUAUUGGUGAGAUGGAGAGACUCAGAUGUUUUGUGAAUGGGAAGGGAAUUGCUAUCUCACAAAAAUAGUCUUGACCAGAAGUGGUCCUCCAAUUUUAUGGAGCGUAUGUACUUUGGUGUUGUUUUCUUUGAACUGAGCUUGUCUGCCAUAGAAAACAGAAACAAUUUCUACCAUGGAUGAGCAUAUGUGUGUGGGAGAGGGAUGCUUUGGAGUAUAUCUUUUAUAAUUAGCUCCCAGCCUCCCACUGGUUGCAGAUGGGCUUACGAGCAUAUCUGGUUUUUGUUUUUUGUAUUUGAGGAUUAUCUGUUUUUAUGGUUGACCAUGAGUGGCUGCAGCUGAGGCCACCUGCUGGCUGCAGAGGCUACCUGAAAUGUUAUGAUAUCAUGUUUUAAUAGAUAUGAUGUCCAAUUUCCAUAAGGUGGAGGAGAAAUCUGGAUACUCAAAAUUUCAGCAGUGUUUGUUGGUAUGAGAAAAUCCCUUGACCUUUAAGUGAUUUCAGUUGUAUUCCAUUUUGUUUAGAUGUGCUUUUGGCAAUUCCAAAUGUAGUCUUAUUAUCUUACACAUUGCACGGGAUACUGGCCUACGGUAAUUGCCAUCUGGAUUCUGAAAAGAGUACCAUGACAUCUGUUUCUUUUCUGGAUCUACUAGAAUCUCCAAGGAACCAU